AUGCUGACAGAUUUAGCCAUUGCCGACAACGCAUACUUCGCACAGCACGUUACAGUUCCUGGUGUGAACGGCACUUUGAAUGCUCCUAACGCUCCUUGGAUACUGUAUGGCGGCAGUCUCGCGGGGGCCCAGACUGCCUUUUCCUUAAACACAUACGGUGGGGAUGCCGACGGACUUCUAUGGGGAGGUGUAGCCAGCAGUGCAACAUCUAAAGCAGUGCUGGCUUAUGUCCAAUGGUACGAUCCCAUACAGAAGUUUGGACCACAAGACUGCGUUGCCAGUAUCAAUGCUAUCGUCGACAAAGUUGACCUUGUAUUCGAAAGUGGCAACGCGACUGCCGUUCGUCAAAUGAAGGCCGUCUUUGGCCUUGAGACGAUAGCCGACGACCGCGACUUUGCGGCAACCAUCGCAUUCCCACUAGGCGGCCCAUUCAACUAUCCAACGAAUACGUGGCAGGAGCUUAAUUGGGACCCUGCUUCCGGUUCAGACGACUUUUGGAACUUCUGCACCAACGUCACAAAUCUGGAUGCUCCAGAGAAUCUUACACAGGUCGAUUAUGCUCUAGCACAGUACACCGGUGGCGAGCCAUGGAUCAAUCUUGGCAACUAUGCCAACUACGUCAAGCAAUACGUGAUCCCGACUUGUGAUGGUGCACCGAUCAACAGCGUGCAGUGCUUCAGUACCCAGAAUCAAACAUACUGGGCCGACACCACCAAUUCGGUUGACAGAUCAUACCUUUACACAACGUGCACUGAGUCUGGCAUCUAUCAGGCCGCUCGCCUGAAUGGUCCGACUUUGCUGUCGAGAGUCGUUCAAGUCAAUUACACUCAACAAUGGUGCACAUGGGCGUUCCCAGAUGGACAAUACAACAAAGUACCACCAACGCCCAACCUAGACUUGUGGAAUAAAUAUGGAGGAUAUAACGUCAGUGCACCGAGGCUGGCACAUAUUGAUGGCAACCAAGAUGUCUGGCUUGAUCUCUGCUUCCAUUCGAACGAUGCACCGCAGAGAUACUCUUUGACCCCUCAAGAUGCCUACCUCCACCCCCAGCAACUUAUCACCGGCGCCGGACAUCAUUGGGAUAGCUAUGGCCUUGGCAAUAUUUCUGCCGAGCCACAGUUCAUUCGUAAUGCGCAUUUGUGGGAACUUCGUGUUGUCAAGACGUGGCUGCGGGAGUGGAACGCUACCAAGGAUUGUGCGUGA